CCUUCCUUCCUUCCUUCCUUCCUCUACCCUUCCUUCAAUGUCUCCCUUCUCAUCACUUCACAAUCACUGAACGUUGCUUCUGUUCGUCUACGCAAGAACGCACGCUACGUGAAUCAAGAAGAUGGGCUUUUUUGCCGUUACAAAGUCUCCAAAGGACGCAGCUGAACGAGACUGGACGAUAGGCAUACCAAAGCUGCACAACCCUAUUCAGCGGAAACGCCCUGAGGUGGCCGGUUUCCGGUGCAAAACAGAAGGCGAAACCAACAAUUCCUGAUUUCCCGUUGAUCUUUGCUCUCCAGCAAGAGAACCAACUGAGCCAGAGACUCGCUCCCAAACAAGAUCAGCAGUCGAAAUUCUUGGUUUCAUGGUCGAAAUAACGACGCGAAAUCAAGUAUCACUCACUAUCUUGCUAUUUCUACCUGUCAUCCUGGGCAGUUUCAACACUCUGAUUAGGUCCUUGGGUGAGUAUCGCUCAGAAAGCUAUAAAAAGUGGCAGUCACAGUGAAGGAGGCUUCAGCAUCCCAAAACGGCAAAAUGACUUGAGGACAGAUUAUAGCGUGUUUCGAUAUCCAAGCGUAAUAUUUCACCCCUCUCCACCGUGCCGCGAUAGGACAUGAGUUUGAAAUCAAUUCGCUGGCUCAUGCACAUCUUAAAAUACUGUACUCCACUGAGCUUACGUUUUCAUGAUACAGGGAGAAGAGGAAGCAGUGCGACAUCAACAUAGACAGGGCAUUUCCUAGAGGCCUCUGAUUCGUCAAGUACUAUGCAGAGAUGGUACGGAAGACGAAAAUUUUUUCGCUCUCGUUAGUCGUACUCAUCCAUGUUAGAAGUGUCUGACGAAGUCAAACGGAUGGGCUCAAUGCUUUUUAUCUUCGAUAGCUGAAAAUGUACCACUCACACAGACUCUGAUUCCCAAAUCCCGGUUACAGUCCGAAACGAGCAGGAUGGGUAGGGUACCGUACUUUGUUUUCGAGAAUCGCGCUUAGAAGGAUUUCCCACCGUCCUCUCGAUACAUUUACUGUAAGAAAUGACACGGAUGAAGUAGGUAAGCUUAGCGGCUUUAGCCAACUCGGGAGAUGUGGUUUCACCGUUGGGAAUCCAGGUCAUGUGUCUGUCACCCGAAAAAGUCCAGUAGGUAGCGUUUUUAGAAGAACGAGGAAUUCGAGCUACGAGGUGAUAAAUCCCUUGUCGCGGUCGUACAGUGCGUACACCUGUACUUAUUUCAAACGGCGGGAAACACCAAAUAAAUUCACAAUUCCGAAGAUUACCCGAUAUUAUUGGUAAAUGAUUGUGGGAAUGUGCUUCGUCUGCCUGGCUGCGCGGACUUCAGGGAAUGCAUGUCCAGUCUAGCGAGACGUAUGACCAAAUGAUAUGACGGAAGGGUUGCUUGGAGAAGGCGUAGACAUUCGCCUUCAGGAUCAAGGUGUUCUUGCGUACGCCAAAAAAGUUGUCACGACAAACAUUCCUCACGACGACGAAACCAGAAGUACAUUACCAAUUGAGACCUCCUCGUCUUUAGUCUCCCUGCGUUAGCGUUGGCACAUCCAUAGUGACAUUGAAAGGGCUUGGAACACCUACUGCUCAAUGCAGCACCCUGCAAUGCCUGCCGUACAGCCGAAAAUGACAAACCGACAUCGCAGCAUUUUCUAGCAAAGGGAUCACAUCCCGCUUUAGGAACCGGUCACAAUUGACCUAGAGACUCAUGGGUGUUCUCAGGAGUUACUGUAACAACCGCACAGCCCACAUAGAGAUCGGGCUCAGUCUCGCCAGGCCUCCAAUCUCUUCACUAUUAAAAGCGGCUUCCCGAAGCAUCGGCCUCAUGGAAGUCAGUCAUUCCCCUCCGAUUGUUGGAACUCACACGCACACCUCUCGACCGCGGUUCCUUUCCUGGAGCAGAUAUGGAUUCUUCCGUCUAUUCUGGUACAACCACUGACAGCUUGAAAGAGCUUUGGCAUUCGUUCGAGCGAGCAUGCAUGGAGUCUCUCGCCGAGCCGCCGACAGACAUCGUAGACAGAGUGGCUGCUACCCUUGAAGACGCUAUAUGCUGGCUACGCUCCCAUAGUCCCCAGGUUUUCCUGCCACAACACAGAGGCUACAGCGACGGCCAUCAACCCUCGAGGAUUGAAUCGCCACAGCUGCCUUCAUUAUGUGAGAAGCAGAUCGUCUCGACUUCAGCCGGAUGGCUUCCUGUUCCUGCCGGAUCACCUUUGAGGCGGCGUUCACGGGCUCCAUGGACGAGAUUGGCCCUCGGAUGUCGGAAGGGUCGAGGUUGCACCAGCCAGAAGAAGUUCUGCUGAGACGAGAAAUUAUCCAAGAAUCCUCCGAAACAGGUGGACGCCCAGCCCCACGAGAAGAUGUUCGCAUGAUUCAAGGCUGUCGGGCAAGCACGCGAGUAUUGACACCCUCAAUCACGCGCAAUUCAGGACCACCUGAUGCUAGAGAUGGCGAGGUGCCUCUCACGACGGGAAGCUGUGACGCGGCUGGCAAAGCACGUGAAGCUCACGCCCGCUGCCAUUCCGGUGGCAGUCCCAUUCUGGCUGGACCGAAUGCGGAGCAAGUGUGCUCAACGGGAGUAGAACAACCGGGUCGGUCACCUCGGAAUGCCGCCUGUAUCGUGCCGCAACCAGAAGAUGCGGAGAUGUCCCUGAGUGAAGAGAUUGACGAUUAUGACGGCAGCGGGUCCGAAGAAGAGGAGGAGCGCGGCACACGUUACGUGAAUGGGAGGAAAAGAACAUGUGCAAAUCAGACUAUUCACUCACCACUAAAGACAGUGAAGGUGGAGCACACUCCUGAAGCGUUGGCUGAGCGUUUCGGGACGAACGAUCAGGGUGCGUUCAUCUCAACCCUGAGAAAGGAGUGGCGAGAGAUUACUUCUUCGCAGCUAUUACCGGAAAAGGACACGACUGCGCUGAUUGGCAAGCUCCGAUGCCAAGACAUACCAAGCUUUGUCAACUUUGUCCUACAACAUGGUCGUCAACUGGAAAAGAACUCCCUCCGAGGUGAAGUUCAGAGCUUGAAGAAUCGAAUGGACUAUGCCCAUUACUAUAAGCUCUAUGCGGCCGCCUCCAACGAUACCCGGAAAGACGCAGACUCGUCCUUCUUGCCCUGGAUGCGGGAGUGGUAUCGACAACGUAACAGAUCAUGGGCCCUACCGAUGGGGCGAGGCAAGGGUGUGGCUACAGUGGUCAUGGAUUGUCUUGUCGACCUCCAUCUGUCAGAUCCAAGAUUUAAGGGCGUGCCCCCGCGAAGGAUGAGGGAUAGAGUGAAACAAUGGCGUGCCCUUGGGGAGUUGUGGUCCAAGCUGAUCGAAGGCUUUGGACCUGGCAUCUUACUCUUGGCCCCUUCCUCUGAGCCCGAAUAUCGGUAAGGCCGUCGCCUUUUUUACAUACUGCACGAGUCGACGAAAUUCCGAGCGAGUUCGCUGACCUGUGGACCACAUCACAGAUACUGCUUCAGUGAGCACGCACGGAAAGCCUUCCUAAGAGCUCUAACCCAGCGGCGGACUGCCUUCGACGCAAUUUUAUCUGAAGCUAACCAAUUCAUGAACGAAAAGUUUCGCCACCAAUUUGUACCUGUCUCUAUAGACACAUCGUUCUCAAGUUUUCCAACAAUCACAGACGAUGGACAAAGGCAUCAGCAGGAUGGAUAGAAGAGAACUUUGAGCCCUGCUUGGAGGUCGGCUCUGAAAUCGCAGGUAAGAUUUUGGGGUCUCCUCACAGUUGGACAUCGCACCAUAGCCACUGCACGAUAGAUCUCGUUUUAACUUCUGCGUACUCGAGGCCGAUCACAGGCUCCUGUAGAUAAAGAACGAAUGUUACUGUAAACACAAAGCCAACUAGACAAAGUAUUCAAUUCUACAGUACAUUUGGCAACCGCUGCCGAGUCUACAACCAUUUACCUAGAGCCAGACGCAGAUUCGCAGUCAGCAGCCGAAAAAUUCAC